AUGCCAAGUCUAGUGGAAAGUGAAAUUAAGCAGUGGCUCUCAACAGCCUUAAAACCGCGAAAUUUAUCCAAUUUCUCCUUAAAACUCGUGGGAAAUUCAGGCAAAGGCGACGGUUACGUCGGCGAUAUCACUUUUGUGCAACUUUCAACCCCCCACCAGGACUACCAUCUAGUGUUAAAAUGCAACAAACCGUGCAAAAUUCAAGGACACAAUGAAAUAAUCAAAACAAUUUUCCUCCGCGAAAUAUUCUUCUACGAAACACUCCUACCAACUUUCAUUAACUUCCAAAAAGAGAAAGAUUUGGGGGAAAUCUUCGACAGUGUGGCCAACUGUUACGGCAGUUACAAGAGCGAAACCACUCAGGUGAUAGUUCUUGAAGAUUUGAAGAAAUUGGGGUACGAAAUGUGGCCAGUGAAGAACCCCCUGAAUCGGGCACAUAUCGAGUGUGUUGUGCGAGAGUAUGGGAAAUUUCAUGCGACUUCAGUGGCCCUGAAAACGCUGAAACCUGAAAAGUUUCAAGAGAUUCUAGCUUUGUUGAACCGCACAUUGAGUGACAUGUUUCAGACACCUGCAAUGCAAAAUAUCGUCACGAAAUCGCUACAAAAAGUGAUUGAGUGGCUUGAGGGGCGAGUGGAGGAGAAAAUCCUCACAAAAUUAACACUUUUGAGGGAGCAAAUCCCACAGUUGACUGUGGAAUUUGAGGAAAAAGCGCCACUGAAAGUGGUGUGUCAUGGCGGUUGCUGGAAUAAUAAUUUCAUGUACAAAUAUAACGACAAAACUAAUGUCCCCUCAAAAGUGAUGAUAAUCGACUGGCAGGUGUCAACCUACGGGACACCAAUCUCCGAUUUGUCUUAUUUCCUUUUCAGUUGUAUUUCAGACCAAGAUAUUGGAAAUAUGGAAGAUAUUUUGCGUGUUUAUCACCGAUCGUUUUCAAAUCACCUGAAAAAGUUUGGUUUGAUUCCUGAAAAUUUGUAUCCACGUGAAGAGUUUUUAAAAGAUUGGAACACUUGUGCCAAAUAUGGACUUGUAAUGGCCCUCAGGAGUAUAAGAACUUCUUUCGUUGAAAAAGAUGAGAUUAUGGAUGUGGGGGAGGCUCUCGAACAAGGAAUUGACUUGGGUGAUUAUUUUACACGAGAAAUUAGAAACAUGGAAGGAUAUAAAAAAAGAAUUGAAUAUCUUGUAAAAUACGCUUACGACCAUGGAUUAUUUUGAAAAAUUAAGUAAAAUAAGAGAAAAUGUUUGAAUUUUUGGUAUUUUUUUAUUAAUCGCUCAAAUUUUGGUUCUAAGACCGGUUUUAACACAAUUUUAAUUUUUGAAAUCUCUUUAUCUAACUUUUUCACCUCAUACACAAAGUAACAUUGAGUUUUUAUCUCAUUUUAAGUAUUUGUAACGGAUUGCAAAAUUCAAUAGUUUUUAAUUUUUUAUAAAAAAACGCAUUAUUCAAAUUAGAUGAACAAAAAUACAGUAGCAUAAGUAGGUAAUCCACAAUACACUAAAAAUAAAUCAAAAAUUUUUUCCAUACAGUUUUGUUAUAAAAAAAUAAAAUAGCCAAAAAUAGAGAUUUUUUAAAUUUAUUUUUAAACUGCAGAACGAUUUAUUUUUUUAUUCAGUAUAGUUCAACCUUAAGCAUUUAUUUUGAUGAAAUUCAUUGAUUUUCGGCUUAAAUUUGAGUCAAAUCAACUGGAAAUUGCACAAAGUGCUUCAUUUUGGCCUAAAAUUGGAUUUUAAACAAUUAUUUUUAUCAAAUACUUUUCUUAACUAGAGAAAAAUAGGCAAAUUUCGUCUCUUAAAAAAUACUUUUUAAAUCGUAGUGAUAAUAAUAUUUUCAAAGCCAUUUGUUUAAGCGAUAAAAAUUUUACUCCAUUAAAUUUGAGUGUUCCUCACAUAAAUCAAAUAAUUUAUGAUGAAAAUUGAACUAUUGAAACGAUAAAAGAAAAAUCUUUAAAUGGCAGAUUUUUUAAAGGAGUUGGGGAUAAUAAUUUUAUAGAUAAAAAAGCUUCACAUUUUUAGUUAACAAAAACCAUAUUUUUUCAGAGACUGAGUUUUUUAUUUUUGUAAUUUAAGAUCAAGUAAUUAAAAAACUUAUAACACCA